AUGUUAUUGAUCGUAUUCUUGUUAAUGUUUGUAAUGAUGACUCAAGUGAAUGGUGAAUGUACAUGUGGAAAUAAAACUCUACACCAACAUUUCUGUGAUGACGAAUUCGUUGUUAAAGUUGUGAUACUAGAUCACAAACUAAGCGAUGACAGUGAUAAUGGAAGAAAAUACAUAACGUAUGUUUUGAAUAAUUACAAGGAAAACAAUGAGUUAAUGCCAUGGGACUAUAUGGAACUGUUUACAAAUUCUACAAAUAGCACGUGUGGUGUUACUCUUAUGCCAUUUCACCAUUACAUUUUAGGAGGCUAA